CUCCGGACACCGUCAAAGGCAGUUGCUUCUCAUCGACAUCAGACUUUCUAGGAAUCAAUGAUCAGAGCUGAUCAGAGACAUAUUUCAUCCCAACCAUCGAAGAUAUACACCUUCUGUCAGGCUUUUGCAUACAUGACUGCAAAAUUUCUCAUUCCGUGAGGUUCUAUAUCGAGGGCGAACUCUCCUCCUGUUCGUUUGUAAGCGGUCCUCCAGCUGUGCUCAAUUUUCUGACAUUUCAUAUACAUAGCAUGAUAAUCUUUUGGCAGAAUAGACGCCUGCAUAUAUCUUUCCGAGAAGAACAGCGUUUCGGGCAGGCUCACCGUUCUCUUCUUGCCAUAUCACCUCUUGCAUGUCGCGGGGUAUCAAUGUGUCGAGUUCGGGUGUCCUCGAUAAUGCUGUCGAUCUUCGAAGAGCAGCGUUAGCGAAAGUUAUCGAGUUUGAGGUCCCCAAAGCGCUACCACGUGCUAUCAGGCCUGAUCGAAAGAGAUGCCUCUCGCAAUGGUAUUGUGAUAGCGAUGUCACAGAUGAACAUGCCAAAACACACACAAGCUAACAUUGCGGCGUCGAUUUUCCAUUCUAGGCCAUUCUAGCGUGCCUUUCUUGAAUGUCCGAACUGUUUUCCCACAUCCCGAUCGUAGAACCUGUUCCUUCGCUCAGUCUCAUCCUCACAUCGCAAUGGCACCGCUUCGUCAUCAAAAAAUGCGCGUAUUUGCGCAUUUCUACCACAGACCCGACCCCUGCCGUGACGUUACGACCUUCCCAGUUUCAUCUCAACCACCCAGUCCAG